GAAACUCUCGAAAAUCUUGGUUUCUGCCUUUCUCGCGGGCACGGCCGACGACAGGGGCGCCGAUACCGCGGGAAGCGACGAUGGAUGAAGAACGAGACGGCGAAAGCUGUUCUCCCGGCGGCGAAGAAGCUAACGGGAGAAUCGAACAGCAAAACGGAAACAAUACAGUACUCGAAGAGGCUACAGAGACGGCGGCGGAGUCGAGCCCCGGCGAACACGAUUACACAUACUGGCCUUCGGUUAGGUUCAACGUUCCUCCAAAUAGAAACUACCAUUUCUCUGCACAGUUCAGAGAUUCUGCUUACUCCAACAACUUCCACAAAGGCGUUAAAUGGUCUCCGGACGGCUCGUGCUUUCUUUCAAGUUCAGAGGACAAUAAGCUGCGGCUGUUUUCCCUUCCAGAUUAUUACGAUGGCUGUGACCCAUCUGCCUAUUCUGUAGCUCCUGGUACAGAUUCUUAUGGUGCAAGCGUUGUUGUGGAUGAGGGGGAGCCCAUUUACGAUUUCUGUUGGUAUCCCUAUAUGAGUUCUUCAGACCCUGCUAGCUGUGUCUUUGCGACUACUACCCGUGAUCAUCCGAUUCAUCUAUGGGAUGCUACUUCUAGCACGUUGCGUUGCACAUACCGUGCUUAUGAUGCUGUGGAUGAAAUCACUGCUGCCAUUUCAGUUGCUUUUAAUUCUGAUGGAACUAAGAUAUUCGCUGGAUAUAACAAAUGUAUCAGAGUUUUUAAUGUGCAUCGGCCUGGUAGAGAUUUUAAACAGUAUUCAACCCUCAAAGGAAACAAGGAAGGACAAACAGGGAUAAUAUCUGCCAUUGCAUUUUCGCCAUCUCAUACUGGGAUGCUGGCCACUGGUUCAUUCAGUCAGACCACUGCUAUUUACAGAGAAGACAAUAUGGAACUGUUGUAUUUACUUCAUGGACAAGAAGGUGGAAUUACACAUGUGCAAUUUUCAAAAGAUGGAAACUAUCUAUACUCUGGAGGCCGGAAGGACCCGUAUAUCAUGUGCUGGGAUGUAAGGAAGGCUGUUGAAGUUGUUUAUAAGCUGUACCGGUCUGCAGCGCAAACCAAUCAGCGGAUAUAUUUCGACAUUGAACCACAUGGCAGACAUCUUGCCACCGGUGGUGAGGAUGGUUUGGUUCACAUCUAUGAUCUACAAACUGGGCAGUGGAUAUCUGGUUUUCAGGCUGCCUCAGACACAGUAAACGGCUUCUCUUUCCAUCCAUUCCUGCCUAUGGCCGUCUCUUCUUCUGGCCACCGAAGGUUUCAAGCCCCCGAUGAAGAAGAUAACAACUUCCACCUGAGCGGUAUUCUUAAUUCGCGAACCAGGCAACCGCCGGCCCCGCCUCCGGUCAAAGAUGACACCUCCUAUGACCUGCCCCGGUUGCCGGACGACAUCAUCCUCACGAAUAUACUCAGCCUUUUGGACAUCAGGUUGUUGGCCCGGUUCGCCCUCCUGGCCAAGCCGUUUCGCGACUGCCCGAAGCUAGGCCAGCGGCUCGACUUCGGGCAACCCGUCUUCGAGCAACUGGUUCGCGAGGGGCUCUAUGUUUCGACCGUGGGCCGAAUCAUUGAGGAGCACAAAGGGCCGAAGAUCCGGUCGCUGAAGCUUCGGUUCGACCCAGACAAUAAUGAAGAACACUGGGCCAUGGUUGCAGAUUGGAUCAUUAAGGUGGCCCAGAAGGGGAUCGAGGAGCUCGAUUUUGACUUCUAUCAGGGCAAUCAGGCGUUCUUGCUGUCGGACGAUAUCUUCAAAAUCGAGACGCUGCAGAUCCUUCGAUUAUCGUACUGCGACUUCGUUCUACCGGAUUUGGAGACUAAAUUUGCAGUCACGGGGUUACCGUGCCUUCGCAUACUUUCUUUCAAGAAAAUGAGCUUGCAGGACCUUACCGUCAUCGAGGCUCUAUUGGAAUCUUGUCUCCAAUUGGAGACUCUUGAGCUUCUAUACUGCUGCUUCCCAACGUACUUCAGGAUAGCUGCCGGGCAUCUGAAAAGGUUCAAAGAGUGCAAACUCGUAACAUGUAUGGAGAUCAUGGAGGUAACCAUCGAAGCACCAAGCCUAACAACACUGCACUAUUUUGGGCCGAUGGUAAUCUUCAGAUACAAGGAUUUCGAUAAGCUGACUGAUUGCAUUCUCAACUUCAAGCCCCAAAGGUUCGGUUUUUUCCAUUAUGAAUCAUGGUCCAUUUUCGUUAUAAAAUAG